UACACGUCUUGCGCAUUAAUAUCAGUUAUACAAUGCUUAUAGAUUAAGUAUAAAAAUGAAAUUAAUUGUUUUUUUCGUGUUUGUUAUCUCAAAUAUAAGCAACGACGGUAAGGCUUCGCUGGAGAGUUUCGCACCAUCGAAUGACGUGAAUUUUUUGACGGAUACCACCAAAAGUUCAGACAAAUCGUGUCAUCGACCUUGCAAGUUCAACGUGAAACCGCGAAGGUGUUAUUACAAGUUUGACAUCGAGCCUACCGUAGAUAAAAUACCUCUCACCGUCAACGGACAGAGCCCAGGUCCACCCAUACAUGUCUGUAUACACGAUAUAAUCGUCGUGGAGGUCAGGAAUAAAAUACCAGACCAAGAUCUGGCGAUACACUGGCAUGGAUUGGAGCAACGCGGGACGCCGUAUAUGGAUGGAGUUCCAAUGAUCACGCAGUGUCCUAUAAGCUAUGGGUCUACCUUCAAAUAUGCGUUCAAGGCGUCGUCACCUGGAACAUUUUUUUACCACGCUGAUUCGGUAACUCACCAAAGUGAUGGCGUUUACGGCUCUCUGAUAGUAGAACAACCACAACCGUUAGAACCCCAUUCCUCCCUGUAUGACUUCAAUAGAAGGGAAGAACAUACUCUCGUCAUUGGUGCUAGGUUCCCUCAACUACUUUCGGGGACUUUGGAAGACCUAACCAAGGUUUUACCAGAUGGAUUGGUGAUUAAUGGACAAGAUUAUACAAAGAUUUUUGUAAUGCAUUCAUAUGCUUACCGAUUGCGGUUAAUAAACGCAAUAGCUCUCGAAUGCCCAGUACUCAUCAGCAUAGACGGUCAUAUGGUGACUGUUGUCGCAAGUGACGGGAAACCAGUCCAACCUGUUACAACUAGCACUGUAAGGUUAUAUCCAGGUGAACGUAUGGACAUUGUGGUUCGAGCUGAUCAGCCGAGUGGUGGAUACUGGCUUCAGGUUGAGGGUGAAAACCAAUGUGAUGGAUUGAAGACUCACUCUAUGUUUCUAUAUCAGGGGUUUAAUUAUACUUCCAUGAUAGAACAGAAUCCGAACACCGAAGUCGAUAAGGAUGAUAUUGUCUUCGGACAGAAACUUAUAUCUUACAAAGAUGUAACACUCCUGCCAUCCGUGAAGUCAGUUUAUCUUGGUAUUGAUAAACAUAGCGUAGAAGUUAAAGAUGCAGAUCUUGAUUUUCGAUAUCUGAGCGAUGUUGUGCCGAAGAAACCUUUUUUCCCUACAGCAUUAUCUCUCAAGGAAGGCGUUGUCCAGAUAAAUGGCAGGAAUUUCCUUUACCCAAACGCGCCAUUGCUGAUGAAGCCCAGGGAUGUAUUCAAGGAUAUUGCCUGCAGCGUUGAAACACAUAAACAUAAGGAUGUGCAAUGUCUGCAAAUUUUAAGAGCUAAUCAGAAUGAACAGUUGGAAUUGAUAUUAGUAAAUGAAGGUGUCCAUAGCAACGACUCGUAUACAUUUCACAUGCAUGGACUACCUAUGUACGUGGUCGCAACAUGGCAGAGUCCAGCAGGACUACCUUUAUCAAAAGAGGAGUUUGAGAAACUAGACAGGGGUGGCUUGAUUGAAAGAAAUUUACAAAAUCCACCAAUGAAAGACACAGUUACAGUCCCCAACAAAGGUUUUACGAUAGUCAGAAUAAAUCCAGAUCAUGGUGGCCACUGGCUACUGGAAUGCAGGUCUUGCAGUCUCACGCUGCCUGCUGCAAUUCUUAUCAGUGUUCCUAUAACAAUACCUAAGACGGUUGUGGAUUCUCUUCCUAGCUGUGGAAGCUAUAAACCCCCAGAUGUGUUGCUUAAUUAAGACUGAUCUUCUAAUUCCAUUAACGCUGGAGGUGUAGCUAGGUGCCUCAUGUCGACCAAAAUUUCUACUAGUUAGCUGUUCGUAUUGUAAUUGUACCGAAGGCACUCACAGAGUUGUAGGUAAUUCUAAUUAACAGCUAAAGUCAGCCAGCCCAUCUAGACACAUAUAUCGAACACUAUAAUAUCAUAAAACCAUAAGGAAUCUUCUGAAUAAGGAGGUAGGCUGGCGUAAUUAGCCAGGACUUGUGCGGAAACUCAGUCCACACAGUAGACUUAAUUCGAUUAACAGAAGAAGACGGAUCUUAGUCUACUAAUAAUGCACUACUUUAUUUGCCUGUAUGAAAGUGUAUGAAGUUGAUUACACUAAAAUUAUUUCCUGAGAUUUUUACGUGAAUAAUCGUGAUGUACAGUAAGCCUGCCUUUAAUGCCGUUUUAUAGGAAUCACGUUGCAGGAGUAUUCUCGUAAAACCGUUUUUUUUAUCAAUUUAAAACUAAGAUACGAACAACACAAUUGAAACAGGUGAAAUGGUAUGUCAAACUAUUUAUAGACUUGACAAAUCAUUGUAAAUUUCACACGACAAAAGUAUAACUUGAAAAAUCUCCGCGUUAUAGGGGGGAAAUACCGUGUUAUAUGGGGGGCAAAAAUCGCCUUAUACGAGAACGCGUUUUAGGACGAUUACUAUAAAUUGUAUGUAAAUAAUUACGUUAAGGUAUAUUUAUUAAAUAAAAUUUA